CUUUUUUGCCCACUUCGUCGACUUGUUUUUCGUCUUUGUGUUUAGUCUCACUUGACGGUCAACUUCCAAGCUUGCUCGUCGGAAAAAAUAAACCAUGGCGGCUCCCUCUUCUUCCACGGUACCUCAUCCGCAACAUCAAGUGUUCAUCAAUUUCCGGGGAAAGGAUUUACGCCUUGGAUUCGUCAGCCAUCUCGUCCGUGCCUUUAAAAGGAAUAAGAUCAAUGUCUUUAUGGACGAAUUCGAAGACCGAGGCAAACCUUUAGAUUCCCUUUUAAAGAGGAUAGAGGGGUCGAGGAUCGCUCUGGCUAUCUUCUCUGAGAGCUACACCGAGUCAAACUGGUGCUUGAAAGAGGUGGAGAAGAUGAAUGAUUGCAUGGAACAAGGCAAUCUGGUGGUGAUUCCCAUUUUCUAUAAGGUGGAGCCAUCUACCGUGAGAUAUUUGAAGGGAGAUUUCGGUGAUAAGUUAUGGAUUCUGGUGAAGGGUGAUGAGAAGAAGAAGAAGUGGGAGGAAGUCUUGAAGUCGAUUCCUAAUCUCUUCGGGAUCACUGUGGACGAAAAAAGCGACGAGGGCCAAGCAGUCAAUGAAAUUGUGAAGGCGGUUAAGACAGUCCUGCUCAACAUUUCAUGUAUAGCUAGCCAAAAUGUCUCUGUUGAUCCUUCAGAAAGUAGCAAUGCUGGGACUUUCUCAGGAGGCGUAAAGCAUAAGACGUUUGGUAUCAAACAACGCCUGGAGGAACUGAAAGAGAUGUUGGAUUGUGACAAGCACAAGGGUACUCGUAUCAUUGGAGUUGUUGGGAUGCCGGGAAUUGGCAAAACCACACUCAUGAAAGAGCUUUUUAAGAAAUGGCAGCGUAAGUUUACAAGGCACGCGCUAGUCGAUGAUAUCCGCAAAACAAAGGGCACCUGUAUUAGUUCCUUGUCCUCAUUGCUUGUGGAAGAGUUACUGCCGUUGGAAGAUCCCAGUGUUGAGGACCCGUUCGAGAAGUACAAGGAUCAACUGCUUAAACGUAAAGUUCUUGUCAUUCUUGAUGAUGUUAGUAAAAGGGAACAGAUAGAUGCUCUUCUCGGGAGACGUGACUGGAUUAGUGAAGGAAGCAGGAUUGUCAUUGCAACAAGUGACACGUCCUUAAUAAGUGGUCUGGUUCACGAUACUUACGUGGUCCAGAAAUUGGACCACAGAGACAGCUUACAACUCUUUCACUACCAUGCCUUUGGAGGUGAUCCUCCCAAGAAAGACUACAUGAAGCUGUCAGAAGAAGUUGUACAUUACGCCAGAGGCCAUCCACUAGCUCUCAAAAUGUUGGGUGUAGAGCUUAACAAGAAGGAUAUGAAUCAUUGGAAUUCAAAACUCAAGAAACUCGCACAGACCCCAUGCCCUAUUGUUGGAAGUCAUGUCUUCCAUGUCUUCCAAGCGAGUUAUGAUGAACUGAGUUCAGAGCAGAAAGAUGCAUUUCUCGACAUAGCCUGUUUCAGAUCCCAGGAAAAGGAUUAUGUAGAAAGUUUACUGGCUUCACCGGACCCCAUAUCUGCUGAAGCAACAAGUGCAGUAAAAGCUCUUGCGGAUAAAUUCUUCAUUAAUACUUGUGACGGCCGAGUGGAGAUGCAUGAUCUACUGUAUACUUUUUCUAGGGAACUUGAUCCUAAACCAUCCACUCAAGAUUGUACCGGACAACGGAGGCUGUGGCUCCAUCAAGACAUAAUCAAGGGAGGCGUAAUUAAUGUACUGCAAAAUAAAAUGAAAGCUGCCACUGUCAGAGGUAUCUUCCUAGACUUGUCUGAAGUGAAAGAGGAAACGAGCUUAGACUGCGACCACUUCAUCAAUAUGCGUAAUCUCCGGUAUCUCAAGUUUUACAAUUCUCAUUGUCCUCACGAAUGUAAAACCAAAAAUAAGAUCAACAUUCCUGAUGGACUUAAGCUACCAUUGAAAGAGGUUCGAUGCCUCCACUGGCUGAAAUCCCCAUUGAAGGAGCUUCCGAAUGAUUUCAACCCGAUUAAUCUUGUCGACCUUAAGCUGCCCUACAGCGAGAUUGAACAUCUUUGGGAGGACGACAAGGAUACAUCAUCCUUAAAGUGGGUCGAUCUCAAUCACUCAAGUAAGCUGUUUAGCUUGUCAGGCUUAUCAAAGGCUGAAAAUCUUCAAAGAUUGAACCUUGAAGGCUGCACGACACUGAAAACGUUGCCAUGUGGUAUGAAAAAUAUGGAAAGGCUUGCUUUCCUGAAUCUGAAAGGGUGCACAAGUUUUGAAUCUCUUCCAGAGAUGAAUUUAAUUUCUCUGAAAACGCUUACUCUCAGCGGCUGCUCAAAGUUUAAGGAAUUUCCAUUGAUUUCAGAAAAUAUAGAAGCUCUAUACUUAGAUGGUACAGCAAUAAGUCAGCUUCCUACCAACAUGGGGAGCCUCCAGAGACUUGUUGUACUGAAUAUGAAAAACUGCAGAAUGCUGGAGAAGAUCCCAGACCGGGUUGGUGAACUGAAAGCUCUUCAAGAACUGAUAUUCUCUGAUUGUUUGAAUCUCAAGGAUUUCCCAGAAAUCAUCAACAUGAACUCUUUAAACAUUCUACUUUUGGACGGGACAGCCAUAGCAGUGAUGCCACAAAUACCCUCACUACAGUAUUUGUGCUUAAGCAGAAAUGAUAAGAUCAGCUGCCUUCCUGCUGGCAUCAGACAACUUUCUCUACUAAAAUGGCUGGAUUUGAAGUAUUGUAAAAGUCUUACAUCUGUUCCAGAGUUUCCACCAAAUCUUCAGUGCUUAGAUGCACAUGGUUGUAGUUUGCUGAAGACGGUUUCGAAGCCUCUGGCCCGUAUCAUGCCAACUGAGCAGAACCAUUCCAGUUUCAUCUUCACCAACUGUGAGAACCUGGAGCAAGAUGCAAAGGAGGAAAUCGCCUCGUAUGCUCAAAGGAAAUGCCAGCUGCUGUCGUAUGCUCGUAAACACUACAGUGGGGGUCUUGUUUCAGAGGCUUUGUUCAGCACUUGCUUUCCUGGAUGUGAUGUGCCUUCGUGGUUUUGCCAUGAAACAGUUGGAUCCGAGCUAAAAGUAAAACUCCUCCCACAUUGGCAUGACAAGAGGCUUGCUGGAAUAGCUCUUUGUGCUGUAGUCUCAUUUCUUGACUGCAAAGAUCAAAUCAGCCGCUUGUCAGUGACAUGCACCUUUAAAGUAAAAGUCGAAGACGAGUCUUGGGUCCCAUUUACAUGCCCAGUAGGAAGUUGGACCAGACAGGGAGGCGGAGAAGAUAAGAUUAUGUCAGACCAUGUCUUUAUUGGCUACACCAGUUGCCCAUAUACUAUAAAAUGUCCUGAAGACGAGAACUCUGAUGAAUGCAGUUCUACUGAAGCCUCCCUUGAAUUUACUGUGACAGGCGGUACAAGUGAAAAAGGAAAAUUCAAGGUGUUGAAGUGCGGUUUGGGUUUGGUUUAUGCAAAGGAUAAAAGCAAAAGCAGUUCUCAUGAAGCCAAGUAUGAUAUGCUUGCCCAAUUGAGUUUUCAUGAAACUUCAAAUGGGGUUGAUGACGGACGGCCAAAGAAGAAGCAAAAAACAAUAAGGAAUGAUAAUAUCCAGCGUCAUUAAAACUGUGAUGCAAGUGUAACUCCAAGAAGAAAAGGUAAAUUCAGUGGUUAAGCACAUUGUUGAGAAUCUUAAAGGGAGAGAUGAAUCUGUUCCAGGUGAAGCACAUUCUUAGACAAAACUCCAACUCUUGAUGAAAAAAAAUCCAGCAUGAGUAGAGAUGUGAUUCAACUCAAAAGGCCUGGCAGUUUCAGAGGAGAAACAAAAUUAUCUGUAUGGUGUGUCACCAGAGAGGGAAAAUGAUGACAUUGGUGAAGCAAAUCCUUUGCUGAACCCUUUGGAUCUUCAUAGUAAACAGGAA